AUGGCUAAAUGGAUGAAUGCGGGGUACAACACUGUCUACCAUCAUACCAUAUCACAUCACAUCCAACGAAAGAUCCAACCAGCCAACACACAUAACCGCAACCCGGAAGAAAAGAAAAUGACAUUCGAAAACAAAGUUUACGCAAUAACAGGCCUCGCAGGCAUCGGCCUAGCAGUAGCCAAGCACCUUUACGCGCGGGGCGCCCGCCUCUCGCUAGCCGACAUCUCCGCCUCAGCCCUGCAAAACGCCGUCUCGAUCCUAACAACCGAAAGCCCUGACCCCAACGACAACAACGACAGAAUCCUAACCACAGAGCUAGACAUCACGAAUCGCGCGGCCGUCGACGCCUGGAUCACCAGGACAACCAUCCACUUCGGGCGCCUCGACGGCGCAGCCAACAUGGCCGGCGCCAUCGGCCGGAAGCACGGCGUCGGCGCCCUUCUCGACCAGGAUGACGACGAGUGGGAUAUGCUGCUGCGCGUGAAUAUGUCCGGCACCAUGUACUGCCUGCGCGCCGAGGUGCGCGCCAUCCUGGCCACGGCUGGUACCGGUAGCAUCGUCAAUGCAGCGAGUAUCCAGGGUGUGCGUGGGUUUGCGCUCCAUGCGGCGUAUUCGGCGACGAAGCAUGGGGUGGUGGGGUUAACGCGCAGUGUGGCGAAGGAGGUCGGGCCGGCUAUACGGGUGAAUGCGGUUGCGCCGGGCUCGAUUCAGACGCCGUUACUGGAUAAGGCAGUCGAAAUUCAGGGCGGGAAGCUGAAUGCUAUGCCCACGGUGUUUCCUCGGUUGGGGACCGCGGAGGAGGUCGCCGAGUCGGUUGGGUUUCUGCUGAGUGAUGCUAGUUCGUAUACCACGGGACAGGUGCUGAGCGUGGAUGGCGGGUGGGAUCCGUAG